AUGGCUUCCUUGUGUAGACAAAUUGUCCGCGGAAAUGCUCUCAAAAGUGUGUUAUUUUCGUCUGCUCGACGGGGAUACGCAGAUAAAAUGAUGGUAGACCCCAUGGAACAUGCCACUGGAUUGGAAAAAAGAGAAUUGGUAGCUCUUCAGUCAGGCAAUGAUGAUCCUUUUAACAUGAAGGUACUGAAGAAGGCUGCUGGCACCCGUGACAACCCUACACUUGUUCCUUCCUGCUUUGAUGCUCGUAUUGUUGGAUGCAUAUGUGAAGAACACUCUACAAGUAUCAACUGGCUUUGGGUGCACAAGGAACAUCCCCGCCGCUGUGAGUGUGGUCACUGGUACAAAUUGAUCGAAAAAACACCUCUGUAA